AUGAAUUCAUCAAACCAAUUAAUUAUUAACGAACCACCAAGAUUCGGAUUGGAGUCAAGAGGAAGAAAUAAGGACAUCAACACCCGAAAGUAUAAGGAAUUACAAAAGAUGAAACAAUUAAUUGUAAACGAAAAAGCGAAAAAGGAGGAAGAGAAGCGACUCAAGAAACAACCUCCAAAAGAUCCAAACCAACCCAAAAAAAUCAAAUCACCACAACCAAAUAAUCUAUCACAACCAAGACCGCCCUUGGUCAUUGGAACCGAUAUUGACAAGGAAUCACUCUAUCCACAAUCCCAAGACUACGACAGAGAUGAAAUCAACCCAAAUGAACUCAUCUAUGGCACCAAGAAGACCGUCAAUGGCUUCCAGGAUGAUGUGAUCUUGUCUUUCAACCAAAAAGAGCGCAUCGAGAUCCAAAAGGCAAUCGAGGAGAGCAUCAAGGAAUUCGUCCUAGCUUCCAACGUCGACAAGGUCGUCCAAGAGAUGGAAGAGGACUUUGUUCUAUGCGAGAGCGAAUCCGAGUCAGAGUCGGACGAUGAGAAGAGCAUCGAAUGCUGGGAGCUGAUGGAUGAAGCAUCAUCGAGCCACUUAGUUAACCUCAUCACCACCCCAUACAUCCGUCUCAACUCUGAUAAGGAAUUCCCCAAGCUCUCCAACAAGCCAAUUCAUAAGCAAGUUACCCUCACCAACCCAUGGAACCAUUCAAAGCAUCUUAUCGAAGCUAUUUCACAACAAUCAUAA